GCCUGGGGGGCGGGCCGGGGCCGGGCGUGCAGCCGGGGACCGGGCAGCAGAGGCCCGGGCGCGCUCAGGCCCGGGAGCAAGGCGGCCUGGGCGGGCACAGCAUGGACUCGGGGCCCGAGGAGUACGAGCUCAACGGCGACCUGCGCCCGGGCUCGCCCGGUUCCCCGGACGCCUUGCCGUCCCGCUGGGGCCGGAGGCACCAGCCCAUCAAUGUGAACCAUUAUGCCAACAAGAAGAGUGCGGCCGAGAGCAUGCUGGACAUCGCCCUGCUGAUGGCCAAUGCGUCCCAGCUGAAGGCUGUCGUGGAGCAGGGCCCCAGCUUCGCCUUCUACGUGCCCAUGGUGGUCCUCAUCUCCAUCUCCCUGGCGCUGCAGAUUGGCGUGGGCGUGCUGCUCAUCUUCCUCGUCAAGUACGACCUUAACAACCCGGAGAAGCACGCCAAGCUGGAUUUCCUCAACAACCUGGCCACGGGCCUGGUGUUCAUCAUCGUGGUGGUCAACAUCUUCAUCACGGCCUUUGGGGUCCAGAAGCCCAUCAUGGACGUGGCGCCCCAGCAGUAGGGCACCCAGGACCCUAGACUGUGCCUUCCCCACAGCCCGGCCGCCCAGACCCUAGGAGCCACCCAGGAGUUCUCCCUGCGAGUGGCACUCCCUGCAACUGCUAGAGCCCAGGCCACCCGCUGCCACUCUGUCUCUCGGCUGCUCUCACCAGAAAGUGGCUCCCUCUGGCACGUGGGGGCUGGCCAUGGGGCCAAGAAGGUCAGAACUGGACAGCUGCAGAGACCUGUGCCCAGAGAAGGUUAUUGACCUGCCCAAGGGUACACAGCAGGUCCAUGGACAGGCCGGACCAAGGCCCAGGGCUGGCCUCUGUCUCAGGACAUCCCAGAAGGACCAGGAGAGACUCCUCCCUCUGCUGGCGUGCCAGCAUCCCCGCCUCCCAUGGGCCUGCUCUGGUCGCCCUGCCUCUGCCUGCUUCCCAACUAAGGGACACUGGACAGCCAGCACUGCCCUUUGGCCCUAGUGGUGGCUGCUGGCUCUGGCCUCAGUGCCAGGGCUCGGCGGCCACCAGGAGAGAGCCAGGCAGCAGGCCCGGCACACACCUUCCACCAGCAGUGGCUGGGCAGAGGCCCAGCUCCCUCCAUGAGGGUCUGAGCACCCCCUUUUCUAAUCAAGAAUGACCAAUAAAGCUCAUGUUCCUCCUU